AUGAAUGGAAUGCCUCCAACAUUAGUAUAUUUGUUUCACAGCACACACCAACGAUGUAAGGACAACUCUUGGGUUGAUACAAAAUCAAAGCAAGUAAAUGUAAUAAACUCUUGUGUGUCCCUUUACUACACCAUCACGCUUUUAUGGAUCUUCACAUUCAUUUAUGUUCAAAGAAUUCCUCCACAAAAUGAAUUAGAUGUUUGGUGUGAUGUAGCUGAAACCAAGAAUGGCAGGAUAUAUGGCCUUGGUCUGGAAUCUACUAUGAUCGGAUAUAAGCCUUAUUAUCGUGGCUUAUCUUCUUCAUCAAAUGGGUGGAUACAAAGUCAAGAGCUUUAA